AUGGAUUUGUUGACAUUGAACCAAUUUUCAGUGCUCCUCUGGAAAAAUUUUACCUUAAAGAGGAGGCAGUUCUUUACUUCAACAUUGGAAGUCUUAACAGCACUGGUAUUUCCAGUGAUGAUUUUGCUAUUCCGCACACUUACUGCUAUAAAGGUUGUUGGACCUUACAAUUAUACUUCUCAUCCCAUCAAUACUUUGCCUUCUUACCUCAAAAAUCCUGAAGAGUGGGAAUUGACUUAUGUGCCUUCUAAUAUUGAUGUGGUCACUGAGAUCACUGAGAACAUGAAGAGGAAUCUGAACAUCAGUGUAAAAGUUCAAGGGUUUACUUCAGAAAUGGAGCUUGAGAAGUACAUCAAGUAUGACUAUGGAUCUCGUAAAGUACUGGCUGCCAUCAUUUUUUACUGUAACUUCAAAAGCAGCAGUGACCCUCUACCACUUGAGUGUUUGUUUUAUCAUGCAGGGUACAUCAGAGAAGGGUUCCUGGCUGUACAGCAUGCCUUAGAUAAGGCCAUCAUGCUGUAUCAUGAGAGCAGUGCUAGCCAAAAACUGUUCAAUAGUAUCAGUAUCUUUAUACAGAGAUUUCCACACCCAGCUUAUUCUCAUGAUGGAUUAAUUUGGAUCACUAGUUCCUUCCUCCCUUUGAUGUUCAUACUCAUGUUCUCUCCAACUGUACUUUCCAUCAUGCGAUCCAUUGUCUGGGAAAGGGAAAAAAGAUUGAAGGAGUACCAGCUUAUAAUUGGACUUAAAAACUGGAUCAUCUGGGCUGCCUAUUUCUUCACAUUCUUCUUUUUUUAUAUCAUUAUUAUCUCUAUGAUAUGUGUUUUAUUCUCUAUUUUCAGCGAGCCAAUCUUUCGCUUCAGUGACUGUAGUUUCAUCUUUGUCUUUCUUAUGUGUUAUGCCAUUGCUUCAAUAUUCUUUGCCUUUAUGGUUAGCACAUUCUUCAAUAAAGUCCGUUUGGCUGCUUCUGCUGGAAGUCUCCUAUAUUUUGCCAGUUUCUUUCCAUUUAAUGCCAUUACUCAAUUCUAUGGAGAGCUGACCCUCACCAGGAAGGUGGCUGCCUGUCUCAGCUCAAAUGUUGCAUUGGCACUGGGGAUUAGUCGUCUACUCAAGUUGGAGUUAAGACAAAUUGGUAUUAGAUGGGAUAACAUUUGGACACCGGUCAACCUUGAGGAUAAUCUCAUGUUUGGCCAUAUUUUGUUAAUGCUUUUACUUGAUGCUUUCUUGUAUGGCCUUGUGACCUGGUAUAUAGAAACUGUCUUUCCAGGACAGUAUGGCGUGCCCCAGCCAUGGUACUUUUUUCUUAUGCACUCAUACUGGUUUGGUGACCCAAAAAUCAGAAGGAAAAAAGAAGAAAUGAAAAGCUGUGGGGAAACUCCAAACAAGUAUUUUGAGGCUGAACCUGCUAAUUUGGUGGCAGGUAUCCAGAUCAAACAUUUGUACAAGGAAUUUGGUGACAAAGUAGUAGUAAACAACAUGUCUUUGAAUUUAUAUAAGGGACAAAUCACUAUUCUUCUAGGGCAAAAUGGGGCAGGAAAAACCACAGCCUUGUCUCUUCUCAUAGGUAUGUAUUCAGCUCUGUUUAGAGCAGAAGUUUAUAUUCAUGGAUUUGACAUCUCAAAGAAUUUAUUUGAGAUUCGAAAACACUUGGGCUUCUGCCCACAACAUGACAUAUUGUUUAAUGACUUGACACUCUUAGAAAACCUUUUUUUCUACUCUGUGGUAAAAGGACUAUAUCAAAAAGUUUAUUCUAUGGAAAUUGACCAUAUGCUGUCUACUUUUAACCUGCUAGAAAAACGUAAUACAUUUUCAAGAUCACUGAGUGGAGGAAUGAAGCGCAAACUCGCCAUCAUUAUAGCACUCAUAGGGGGCUCCCAGGUGAUGAUACUUGAUGAACCAUCAUCUGGCAUGGACCCAGUCUCAAGGAGAGCCACCUGGGAUCUCCUUCACCAGUAUAAACAGGAUCGCACCAUCUUACUGACCACCCACUACAUGGAUGAAGCUGAUCUCCUGGGUGACCGCAUUGCCAUCAUGGUCAAGGGGACGCUGCAGUGCUGUGGCUCUUCUGUCUUCCUGAAAGAAAUAUAUGGUGCUGGAUAUCAGAUAGUCAUGGAGAAAGAAUCACAUUGUGAUGUUGAAAAGAUCUCAGCAAUAAUUCACUCUCAUAUUCCAGAUGCCACUGUGGAAAACUUUACUGGAGCUGAAUUAUCGUUUAUCCUACCUAAAGAAUAUACACAGAGGUUUGAAGCUCUCGUUAAUGACCUGGAAAAUAAACAAAAAGAGCUGGGCAUUGCCAACUUUGGUGCUUCAAUCACUACCAUGGAAGAAGUCUUCAUUAAGGUCAAUAACCUGGCAGAUUCCCAAAUGGAUAUUCAGGAUACCCACUCUCCUCCCUUGAAGGGUGAAAAAAUAAGACAAGACAUGAAGUGGAAUAAGAAUAUGCCCAGAUAUCAUGAGAGAGCUGUUUUUUCUAGAUUGAAUGAAAUUGCUACUAUUAAAUUUAACACUGGGUUUGCACUUUACUGCCAGCAGUUUCAUUCCAUGUUUGUAAAGAGGGCACUAUUCACUUGGCGCAAUUGGAAGUUGAUGUUGCUACAGAUAUCAGUAAUUUUGGUUUUCACUACGUAUCUCUUAAGAACUAUAUACUCACAGCAUGACCUGCCCAUGAGAGAAAUGGACUUGAGUCAGUAUGGUCGAACAAUUGUGCCUUAUUCAAUUUCAGGGAAUUCUGAUUUGGCUCUGAAUUUCAUAAAUAAUCUUAAGAUUUUUCUGAAACGUAAGAAUCAAGAACUUCGGGAAGUGCAAGGUGACAUAACAAAACAUAUAAUCGAAAACAAAGAAUUUCGUGACUUCUCCAUUACUGCAUUUUCCAUUGAGGUUGAGGAAAACAAAACAGUAUUUACUAUUUUGUUCAAUAAUGAGGCAUACCAUUCAGCUGCCGUAUCACUGGCAGUGUUAGACAACGUUCUUUUUAUGUCACUCUCUGGCCCCAAUGCUUCUAUCAAAGUCUCCAACCAGCCUCAGCCUCUCCCUCUUUAUGAUCUUAACAUAAUGCCUAUAAGUGGAUUACAAAUAGUAAUAAAUUUGGCUUUUGGCAUGGCUGUUGUGGUUGGUAGCUUUUGCCUUCAGACAGUGACUGAGAGAACUACUAGGGCAAAGCACAUCCAGUUUGUGAGUGGGGUCUCUGUACUUACUUACUGGCUUGCUGCUUUUCUGUGGGAUCUCAUCUACUUCUCCAUUCUCUGCUGCUUACUACUGGGAGUGUUCAAAUACUGUGGAGUGGAUGCAUUUGUUGCAAAUUACAACUUUCUGGACACAAUGAUGAUCCUUAUGCUGUAUGGUUGGUCUGUUGUACCGCUCAUGUAUCUUGGAAGCUUCCUGUUUUCUAGUAGUACUGCUGCCUACAUCAAGCUCACCCUCUUUAACUACUUUUCAACUAUUUUCAGUAUCACCAUUUACGUCAUAAGACAACACUAUGGCCUUGCUUUUCCUCACUACAUCAGAACCCUCAUAGAUAGUAUCUUAGUCAUGCUUCCUAGUUACAACUUUGCGAUGUGUAUCAGCAAAUUCUUUGAUGACUAUGAGGUGAAAAAGAUGUGUGCCAGGCAACUUGCAAGUGUACCUGCAAAGUGCAAUAAAACAUCUAUUGAGAACAGUGUCUAUAAUUUUGGAACACAUGGGAUUGCAAAAUUUUUGAUUGCAUUGGCUGUCUUGGGCUUAUUUUAUCUCCUUUUGCUUUUGUGUCUGGAGACUACUUCCUGGAGCCUGCAAAACUUUAUCUCUCAUAAAAUUUUAUCUAAUGUCCACAACCUAUUCAUAAAACGCAGGAAGUCUACAGUGUCCUGUCAAGCAAUCAAGGACUAUGAGGAUGACGAUGUAAAAAAUGAAGAAAACAUAGCCCUGACACUGCCUCCCAAGCUAAGGAAUACUCCACUGGUUCUGAAAGAACUUACAAAGGUUUAUUAUAAGUGUCCAGUUGUAAAGGCCAUAAGAAAUAUCUCCCUUGUAGUCCAGAAAUCUGAGUGCUUUGGAUUACUUGGAUUAAAUGGAGCUGGGAAAACCACUACAUUCAAAAUAUUGACUGGAGAGGAGACCACAACGUCUGGAGCUGUGUUGAUUGAUGGCUUUAACAUUAUCAAAAAAAUCAGAAAGAUUAGGUCAAGAAUUGGCUACUGUCCUCAAGAUGACCCCAUUCUCAACCACAUGACAGGUCAGGAAAUGCUGAUGAUGUAUGCCAGGCUUCGAGGGGUCCCUGAGCCAGACAUUUGCAAGUAUGUGGAAACCUUUUUGUAUGCAACGCACCUGGAAACAAAUGCUGAUGAGUUUGUCCACAUAUACAGUGAAGGAAACAGACGUAGACUGAAUACUGCUAUUGCCCUAAUGGGAAAGUCCUCAGUUGUCUUCCUAGAUGAGCCAUCUACUGGCUUAGAUCCAGUAGCCAGGCGCCUGCUGUGGGACACAAUUACAUGGAUGUGUAAAAGAGGCAAAGCUAUCAUUAUAACUUCCCACAGCAUGGAAGAAUGUGAGGCUCUCUGUACCAGACUGGCCAUCAUGGUAAAUGGGAGGUUCAAGUGCCUGGGCAGCCCUCAGCACCUCAAGAACAAGUUUGGUAAUGCAUACACUCUGACAGCAAAGAUUAAGUUUGGAAACAAUGAAGAUAAACUACAGAAGUUCAAAGAAUUCAUGGCAGCAACUUUCCCAGGUAACAUCAUACACCAGGAGCAUCGAGGGAUUAUUAGCUACUACAUUCCCAAAGAGGAAAUCUGCUGGGGAAAGGUGUUUAGUAUUUUGGAGGAAGCUAAAGUGCUAUUCAAUCUAGAAGACUAUUCUGUCAGUCAGAUAACACUGGAGCAGGUCUUCCUGACCAUUGCUAAUAUCGAUAAAGCAGAAAAUAUUCAAGAAAUAAAAGUGCUAUGAGAUUCAGUUCCAA